AUGUGGGCCAAGUGGGCAUCCCCAGCUCAAGGUUUGGGCAUCCAAUUUCUGAAGGAGCCGAAGCCACAAACAGUUGCACCAGGGAAAGCAGUGACAUUUGAGUGUGAGACUGACUUGGAGCCAGAAAAUGUGGAAUGGUUACAUGAUGGCCAACCACUCAUCCCAGAUGAAAAUAUUCAAAUGUCUUCAUCUCAGCUCACCAUCCUUGUCCAGAAAGAAUACCCACAGUAUGAGCAACAGUUAGGUGAAUAUCAGUGCGUGGUAUGGUUUCACCCAAUUGCGGUGACAUCUCUACCUGGGACAUUGAGUGUUGCUGCUCUGCUGCCCUUCCAUGAUCUCGAAGAUUACAAUGUCUCUGUUGUUGAAGGAAACACAGCAGUCAUCCAGUGUCAGUCACCAUAUUCUAAGCCAUCAGCAAAGAUUGAAUACUACUUCAAUGGAAAAUCCUUACCUCAGAAAAGUGGGCACCACCUGAUGAAUUCAGAGAUCCUGGUGAUCGUGAAUGCAACAAGAGGGGAUUCUGGAUGGUAUGCAUGUUCUGCCUUAAAUGAAGUGACUGGAGAAAAGGAGACAUCAAAGCGCCGAGUUCACCUCACAGUAAUGACUCCGCACAAGCCAACACUCCCGUCAUUUACUCUUUCUCCUGUGGAGAAGUACCUGUCUGUGAUGGGUUCAACUGUGAUACUGGAAUGUGUUGGACAUGGGAAUCCUGUGCCUAGAAUAACAUGGUCAAAGUAUGGUGGCAGCUUGGAUGCAGAAAGGCAUGUCCCUUUGCCUUUUGGGUUGAUGAUUCGCCAGGCUCAAGAAGUAGACCAGGGAACAUACAUAUGUGAGGCUGAUAAUGGACUUGGUCCACCCAAAAAGGUCAUCACAAGCCUUGAGCUCAAAGAGGGUCCCAAGAUCUUGGAAGGCCCUAGAGACCAGGAAGUGGAAGAAGGUGGUUGGGUGAAGUUUCCUUGUAGAAGUGAUGGAAAUCCUCGGCCAACUGUCACAUGGGUGUUCAACGGCAAACGACUUUUGCAACUUCCCAACGUUCGCAUUUCAGCCUCGGGACUGGAGGUUCUGAGGGUGAAGAAGAACCAUGCAGGGGUGUAUCAGUGUUUUGCUGCUAAUGGAGUUGGUAGAGCAACACAGAGUGCCUUGUUACGAGUACUUCCCCAGGAAGUCACACAUCAUUCUAGCAUCUCUUCAGAAGGUGGAAAGGAGGUGGAGGAGGUGAAUGAAGACAAGGAUAUGACUGCUGAUGGAGACGCUUUUGAGACUGGCAAAAGAGAGAAAGGAAAACACAAGCAGCAGCAUCAGCAAAUUCAUCCUGAAGGUGGGAGGGAUCUUCUCAUUCCUCCAUCACAGCCGAAGGUGAUUCAGAUAUCUAAUGACUCUGUCAUGCUUUAUUGGACACUCCCAUCUCCACCUGAGAAUUCCACAAGUCUUCCAGUGACUUUCUUCAAGAUUCAGUGGAGGGAAAUCUCACCUGGAACCAAGUGGAAUACUAUGGAUGAUGAAAUCCCUCCCCAUGCUGACAGCUAUGCGGUUCCAAAUUUGGAAGCUGGAAAAGCCUAUAAGUUUAGGAUUGCUGCUGUUUAUUCCAACAAUGACAAUCGCUUAGGGAAGAAGUCAGGGAAAUAUACCCUGUCUCAAAUUCCAGCAGACAAGAAGCCUUCCAUUGCUCCUAGCAUUGUGAGCCUUGAGGCAAUCAGCUCAACCAUCAUUGCUGUUAAUUGGGAGUAUGAAUUGGAUGAAGUGCCCAUUGAUGGAUUCUUCAUCUACUAUCGCAUGACUACAAGUGCAGGGAAGUACACAAAGGUCACAGUACUUGGGAGUACAUCAAGGACACAUGCACUUCAUCAUCUUCUACCUGGUACUUCCUAUGAUGUCAAAAUGCAGGCCUUUAAUUUGGCUGGCACAUCCCACUACUCUGCAAUUCAGACCCAAAAAACACUCAGCAUGAGGCACUCAGAGCCUAAAGAGGGGAAUGCAAAGGCUCAAGAGACUUUAUAUGAGAAGGCAGAGAAGAAGAAAAUAGGCCGCAAGGUGGAUACUCCAAACAUCUCUCAGGCAGGGCUUGAGUUCCCACACUAUCUGAUUGUGGCAAUAGUCCUUGGGAGCAUUUCCUUCCUGGUCAUUCUGGCCUGUGCCUUCUGUUAUGUUCGGCAUCAGUGCAAGAAUCCCCCUGAUUGGAGAAUAAACUUUGCUGCUCCUAUUUGGGUGGAGAAAAAUUUGGGGACACUUCUCGCAGUAUCAAUAGGGAGCAUUCCAAUGGGCACAUCCAUGGCCACCAUAGCCAUAGUCUUGGCCAUGAUCAUGGACAUGGUCAUGAACCUGAGAAUGAUGAUUGCCUGCUACAGCCCAGGAAUCAGUACACCCCUCAUGUGA